AUGCACCACUUGCCCCAGCAGUGGGCAGGCAAAGGAAAGUUUCCAGAAGAGAAGUGGGAUGAGGAAGCCACCGGCCAAAGCAACACUACUACAACAGCUUCAGUCACAGCUCCUUCAAGCACAACUUCAACCAUAACUCCUCUCCCCACAUCUACCACAACUGCUACCCCCGCAAGUCCUACCUCGGGCUCCACCACAACUACUACCCCCUCAAGUCCUACCUCGGGCUCCAGUCCUUGCCAAAAAGCGUCCUGUGGAGGUGGUUCUUCUUGUAUUGCUCUGUGUAACAGCUCGUUUUGCCUGUGUUUAGAAGGGUAUUACUAUAAUGCUUCCACGUGUAUGAAAGGAAAAGUAUUCCCUGGGAUCAUUCGAGUGGCAGAAUCAGAAACAGCUGGCUUGGAAGAUAAAAAUUCUAUGGCCUAUCAAAACUUCCAUAAUAAAAUUAAUGACUUUUUUCGAGAGGUAUUUACAAAUUCCACGAUGGAUUCUGAUUAUGGGCAGACUGUAAUUGGUAAAGCCAGCACAUCUCUUCCAGCAAGAUCUGGAAUACGUGCUGACAAGACUGUUGAAGUUUCAGUGGUCAACAUUUUUGUAGAAACUACAAAAAAUGAUGAGCGUAGUGUGUCUGCACUAAUUAUGAAGGCACUUGAAAAUGGUAAAAGUGGCAUUGAAAACUAUACUGCACAAAGUCAGUGUGAGUACCAUGGUUGUAAAACGAACGCUGGAGAUGACUGCAGUGAUGGUUUACAAUGUGUAUGCGAAGAUGGGCUCCAAAGACCUAACCCACAGGUCCCUUUCUGUUUGAGGUUGCCUUCAACCUGUCCCAGUAACUGCAAUGAAACGUACAACAAGCAAUGCUUACAGAAGGGUGAUGGCCGCUCCUAUAACUGCGUGUGCCUGCCAGGCUACCAGGACAAAUACGGAAUCUGUGAAAAGUGUCCAUUUGGCUACAGUGGAGUUGACUGUAAUGACAAAUUUCAGCUGAUCCUCACCAUCGUGGGAACCAUUGCUGGCAUCCUCAUUCUCGGCAUGGUGACUGCACUUAUUUUCUCAUCAAGAUCAAAGAACAAAAAGAAGAAUACUGAAGAACAGAACUUGAUUGAGAACAGCUUUCCAAGUCUACGGCUGCAGCCGACAGGAGUCACCAACUUCGGGGCAGAUGGAAGCAUCUUCCCUAAAAUCAGGGUGGCGGCCCCCAGAGACUCUCAGUUCCCAAAUCCAUAUGUAAACCCGAAAGGCGCCCUCCCUUCCCCACGAAGCGUGUCGUCUUGCGGUGACCCGCGCAGGCGCCUCCGGUCCACCUCGAGCGCGGGCUGGCCGGGCGGCUUCGGGAGGAAGCGAGGAUCACCACCAGGUCCCACAGUACCUGCUCUCGCUCCUGAAGUCCGGCCACCGCCUUUGCCCCGAAGGAAUCUCGGUUUGCCUAAAGGAGCGUGCCCCGCCCCCUGCCCGCAGCGACAGCUUGCUAAGAAAGCCGAGGAGCCCCUACCCAGCGAUUUCGAAAUCCCCAGGUCCGCCGGAAGGGACUCGCACCUGGGCGCCCUCAGGCUGCGGCGUCGCGGCGGGUCCCCGCGCGGGGCGGAGCUGGCUGGCAGGGAGCUCGCCCCGCCCCGUCCCGCAGUAAACUGA